CAAUUACAUAUAAGCCCCUCCAAGGGAGUCGAAGCUCAACCAAUUAUAGAAACCCAUUCACGUCAUUUCACACACUCCUCCUUCCUUCUCUAUCUCCACACUCUCAGCCUAAACGCUUGGAUUUCGAUUCUCUCUCUCUUUCUCUGCGAAAAUGGCGACUGGUCUGUUACGGCGAGCCUUCACCGGAAUCUCAUCCUCAACGUCUCCGGCGGCGAGGCGCGUCUUGCUCCGUGCCUUCGCCUCGGAGCCGCAGAUCGACGCGUCAACCCCGAAGGCGCGUGAGACUUCCAAGCUGAAGACGUUCUCGAUUUACCGGUGGAGCCCCGAUAGCCCUACGAAGCCGGAGCUGAAGGAGUACGAGAUCGACCUCAAGGACUGCGGUCCUAUGGUCCUCGACGCGCUGAUCAAGAUCAAGAACGAGAUGGAUCCUAGCCUCACGUUCCGGCGGAGCUGCCGCGAAGGGAUCUGCGGCUCGUGCGCGAUGAACAUCGACGGCUGUAACGGCCUGGCGUGUCUGACGAAGAUCGAGUCCGGUUCGGCGACGACGAUCACGCCGCUGCCGCACAUGUAUGUGAUCAAGGACUUGGUGGUGGAUAUGACGAACUUCUAUAACCAGUACAAGAGUAUAGAGCCGUGGCUGAAGAGGAAGAACCCGGCGGAGGAGCCAGGGAAGGAGAUUCUGCAGACGAAGAAGGAUAGGGCUAAGCUGGAUGGGAUGUACGAGUGUAUUCUAUGUGCUUGCUGUAGCACAUCCUGCCCUAGCUACUGGUGGAAUCCUGAGGCUUAUCUGGGACCUGCUGCAUUGCUCCACGCCAAUAGGUGGAUAGUUGACAGCCGGGAUGAAUAUACAAAGGAGCGACUCGAUGCAAUCAAUGAUGAGUACAAGCUAUAUCGCUGCCAUACCAUAUUGAACUGUGCUCGUGCCUGCCCAAAGGGCUUAAACCCUGGAAAGCAGAUCCAACAUAUCAAGCAGCUCCAGCCAGCAGGAAACUCAGACAGCUUGAGUGUUUGAGUUUAUAGGAGCAUUUGAUCUGUUAUUGUUGGAAUUUUGUUUAGAAGUUGUCAACUUUAUGAGUUUUGCUAAUAAUUUGUGAACUGAUCGAAUUGUCCAUGCCUUUCAUGAAAAUGGGAAAGAAGCACGUUGCUUUCGUUUAUACAUUAGUCCCCAUAUUUGUCUUUCGCAGUGAGCCUG